AUGUAUGGAAGAACGUCGGGUCUUGAUAGGUUUAAGAAAGCUGAGAGUUUGGAACCGUUUUCUGUUAUCAAUUCGUCUUCGAAAAAUGUUGCUCAGUCCUCUAAUAAGGUAGUUGGUCAUUCGCCUGCUUGGCCAUCACAGUCUCGGAAUUCUGUACACCAAUCUCAUCAACCACAGCAACAUGCUUCUCACAAAGCUGUGGGAGUUGAGGCUGCCCCCUUGUUGGGGCAGAAUCAACACGCAACUCAGAUUGGAGGAGGGCAGUCGACGUGGCAGCCGCCAGAUUGGGCGAUUGAGCCACGGCCAGGUGUUUUUUAUUUGGAAGUUAUGAAGGAUGGUCAGGUGUUAGAUCGGAUUAAUUUGGAUAGACGGAGGCAUAUCUUUGGGAGGCAAAUCCAGACUUGUGAUUUUGUGCUUGAUCAUCAAUCUGUCUCACGCCAACAUGCUGCGGUCGUUCCUCACAAGAAUGGGAGCGUGUAUGUAAUUGAUUUGGGAUCUGCACAUGGUACCUUUGUUGCAAAUGAGCGAUUGACCAAGGACUCACCAAUUGAGUUUGAAGUGGGACAAUCACUGCGGUUUGCUGCAUCCACGAGAAUAUACGUAUUACGAAAGAAUGAUGCAGCUCUUUUUCCUCGUCCUCCACCGCCCACAGAGAUUAAUUUCCCACCACCUCCUGACCCGUCUGAUGAAGAAGCUGUUGUUACUUAUAAUACGCUGCUGAAUCGUUAUGGCAUCAACAAGUCUGAUCUAGUCUCCAAAUCCAGUGAGCUUGGCGGUUCAGCAAGUGGCCAAAACAAGGACCGGCAAUUAGAAAGAGCUGCUAAGAGAAUUAAGAAGACAAGAGUUUCCUUCAGGGAUCAAGUUGGGGGAGAAUUAGUUCAAGUUGUUGGAAUAUCAGAUGGUGUAGAUGUAGAAACAGAACCUGGUCCAGUUGGUGUUAAAGAAGGAAGUCUUGUAGGUAAAUAUGAAUCUCUUGUACAGAUAACUGUAAUUCCAAAGGGGAAAGAGCAGUCCUCUGUUAAGGAGGCAGAUUCAUCCCAAAAAGGCGUGACUGAUAAACUACAAGAAGUCCUAAAAAAGAUCAAAAACCCCGUUAAAACUGGGAUUUAUGAUGACCUUUAUGGAGAAUCAUUAUCCGUCAAAGUUGGAUCAGCAUGGGCAUACCCACCUAUCAAUAGUGGUGAACAAGCUCAAGCAGCUAAGGAGAAUGGAAAAGAGAAUACAUUAAGUGGAAAAUCUGACAGUAAUCGAAGCAAUGCUGACGAGGAUGAUGAUGAUGAUGAUGACGACUUGUUUGGGUGA